UGUACUCCUCUAGGUGGGCAUGGUUUUGUUCUGGACCAGUACAGGUGUGCGUGUCGGAGGGGCUACUACCACCCCAGCAGAGUGCCUCUAAACGGCUUCACAGGCCCCGCCCCCCCAGGUGAGGACGGCUCCAGCCGGUGUCUGCCGUGCCGUGAUGGUUGUCCGGUGUGCCGGGACGACUCCCCGUGCCUGGCCCGCCCCCAUGGGGGCGUCCGCCUCGCCCUGGCCUCCCUGCAGGGGGUCUGCAUGCUGCUGACCCUGCUGUCAUGCUGGGGACCUACCACCACCGCAGGAACAAGAGAAUCCGUGCGUCUGGUCUCAUCCUCCUGGAAACCAUCCUGGUUGGAGCGUUGCUGCUCUACUUCCCUGUGAUGAUCCUCUACUUCGAGCCCAGUGUGUUUCGUUGUGUUCUGCUGAGGUGGGUACGGCUGCUCGGCUUCUCCACCACCUACGGAACUGUCCUCUUGAAACUGUACAGG